AUGAAUGUUGUAGAAUGGGCCUUUGGCAAACGCAUGACGCCCGCUGAGAAGAUGCGGAAACACCAGCGCUCGUUAGAGAAAGCUCAGCGCGAACUCGAUCGCGAACGCACCAAGUUGGAGAACCAGGAGAAAAAGCUAGUCCAGGACAUCAAGAAGAAUGCGAAGAAUGGCCAGAUGGGCGCAGUCAAGAUUCAGGCCAAGGACCUGGUCAGGACGAGGCGAUACAUCCAGAAGUUCUACCAGAUGCGCACCCAGCUGCAGGCUAUCUCGUUACGUAUCCAGACUGUGCGCAGCAACGAGCAGAUGAUGCAAUCUAUGAAGGGUGCCACCAAGCUUCUCGGUGGUAUGAAUAGACAGAUGAACCUUCCAGCCCUUCAACGCAUCGCUAUGGAGUUCGAGCGCGAGAACGACAUUAUGGAUCAACGACAGGAGAUGAUGGACGACGCCAUCGACGAUGUGACGGGGUUGGAAGACGAGGAAGAAGGCGAAGAAGUUGUCAACCAGGUCUUGGAUGAGAUUGGUAUUGAUCUCGGUCAAGCUAUGGGCGAGACACCUACGGGCUUGCAGAGCACUGCCGCUGAACAAGGCAAAGUGGCACAGGCCAUUGGUGGUGACCCUGGUGAUGAUGAUCUCCAGGCUAGGUUGGACAGUUUACGACGAUGA